CUGAGACGCAAACACUCACACACACACACACACACACACUUUUGUGCAGCAGACGAGAAGCUGUGGAGGAUUCCCAGUCUGAUGAAAUGACGAUAAGGACAUAAAUCCUCGUUGGACGGAUUUCUAGCUGCAGGACCGACGGACUGAACCACAGCUGCAGGAUGACAGCCGCGGCGAAGCUUCUGGACGAGAUGUGCCACCUGACGGCUCAGUCUCUGAUACCGAUGGACACAUCGGAGCACUUCCAGGUCCUGAAGCUGCUCGGUGAGGGCUCGUAUGGAAAGGUCAUGCUGGCCGUGCACAGGAAGAGAGGUACGCCGAUGGCUCUGAAGUUCUUCCCUCGGGAGUCCACCUCUCUGAUCUCCUUCCUGAGGGAGUACAACCUCUCUCUGUCCUUCUGUACCCACCCCUCCCUCACCAGAGCUCUGGGAAUCGCCUACUCCACGCCUUCGCACUACGUCUUCGCUCAGCAGGCCAGCCUCUUUGGAGACCUCUAUGACAUCAUCGUGCCUGAGGUGGGUAUGGAGGAGGACAGCUGUCAGCGGGUGGUGUCCCAGCUGUGUGGCGCUCUGGCCCAUCUGCACUCCCUUGGUUUUGUCCACAGGGACCUCAAGCCAGAGAACGUCUUCCUGUGUGACUCCGCCUGCCGCUGGGUCAAACUGGGAGACUUUGGCAUGGUGAAGGCCAGAGGCACCAGGGUCCCCGAGGUGUGGUACAGCUCCCCAUACUGCACCCCCGAGGCCGAGACUGCUCGUGGAAAUGAGGACAGCUGGAGUAGCAUGAAUGCCGGUGAAGAGGAGCAGAAGAAGACGAGGGUUUGGGUUUCUGUGGAGCCCAGCACCGACAGCUGGGCCCUGGGAGUCCUGACCUACGCCAUGCUCACCGGCAGUCACCCCUGGGCGGAGACAGCCAGCGACUGCCGCUCAUACCUGAAGUAUCAGGAGUGGUUUGAUGGAGAGAAAAGUCCUGAAGAUGAACCGGAUCGGCCUGAGGGAGGAAAGAAAGACAGCGUUCCUGUAGCACCCCAGUUUGCUUGGUUCACUCCACUGGCCUGCUCCCUCUUCCUGUCGCUCCUCCACCCGCGAGCUGAGCUCCGAGGACAACCCGAGGAAGCGUUGAGUUACCUCGGGGGGGACUGGAUGAUGGAGCAGGAGAGGGAGAGGCUGGAGGAGGAGAGGAAGAAGGGCAGAGGGAAGGCAGACUUCAGAAGCAUGAGAGAGAUGGAGGGCAGAGCGGAGCGAUAAAGAAACGCUGGAGUUAGGUUCAUGAUUUUAUUUAGUAAAACCUAUUAAAGUUAUAGGAUCACAGUUAUGGAAUAUAAUUUAAGAUAAUUCUGAUGAAGCUCAAAAAUCUGCUGCUCAAAUGUGUAAAAGUUGAUAUUCUCUUCUCUUCUGUGUGAUAAUAAUCAUGAACUUGUAUCAAUGACUUCUGGUUUACGGUUGUUGAGACAAAACCGGAAAUUUAGAAAGCUCAAGCACUUUACACCAUUUUUCAACAUUGGUCAAAAAUGGUCAUAUACGUUUUUUUAAAUGUAUGUUUUAAUGGGUCCUGCUUUAGCAUCAAUGAAUUAUAAACCUGUUUAAAUAUGAUUAACAAAUGCAAAACAUUAAGGUUUCAAAUAUCCAAAACUGUGGGAGACAAACUUCUUCUGUCCAGAUCUGAUUCCUUUUUGGCAGCUAAUUCAUUCAGCAAUUUUUUUAUUGAUCGAAACUAUUUAUUACAGCAAUAGCUCUAUCUUAUAUAUAUAUCACAUGAAAACUAAUAGUGCGACAGCUGCAUUUCUGGAGAUGACCAGUGUUCAGUUGUAGUGUAGUGCCUCCAUGUCCUUGGAAAAGAUUCCCUCCUUAGCGCACUGCUUCUAUUUUUAGGUCUACGCUACUCAGAGUGUCAGAUGUCAUAGUAGGCCCUGAACUGUUUAGAGACCGAAGCCGUAAACAUAACCAGUUAUCAUACGACCACGUUGGAUCUCGGACUCUGGUUCAGGGGAUGAAAAAAGCCUCAAGAGUUAAAAAAGUAAUAAAGUUAAUAUUUUAGUAGCACUAGGUCUGCAGCUCGGAAAUGUGUUUUUAUGUCUAAUCUGUUCGUGGCUUUCUUGCACUUUUUUUGUUUUAUGAUUUCUCACAUUAAUUACAGAAAUCAUGAUUCAAUUAGUUAAAUAUACUAAUAAUUGACAGUUAUACUAGUUUUUGAAACUAUGCGUGUAAAAUACAGAUACAUACUCUUGAUAUAAUAUAAUGAAGACAUAAAAGAGAUUUAGUGUUUUGGUGUUUGAACCUUUUCAGGAGUUAUGUAUAAAGUGUACAAGGUAAAAUACUUUCUGUGUAACUAUACCUAUAAUGCAGUAAAACUGCUGUUUUUUGUAAACAACUCUUCUUGAAUAUAUUUGUUUGUACAAUAAACUGUCACAAA